UUCUCUAAAUCAUAUCUGGGUGGGUGUCGAGGGGCGGGAGGGGGUUGAUGGAGAAAUGGAUAGUGGCCAAUGGUAUACUGAAUGUAAACUCCUGAUGAUUGCUUGUCAUUAGCAAAGCCAGCUCUAUGACCAGAAUGGAAAUGGGUUGGGUGUCAAGAACAUGGUGUGCAAGAAUACGCUUAUUGGGAUCACUGCUUGUCACAAAAAUUACUGUUGAUGAACCUUGCCCUGGACUGAAGACAAUAUUCUCUUUUACAGUGCCAGAUCAAAGGUCUGGCCAGAUUGAGCUACAAUAUUUGCAUGACUAUGCUGGGACAAGCACAAGCGUUGGGUUGACUGCAAAUCCUGUUGUCAACUUUGCUGCUGUGCUAGGAAGUAAUGUUUUGUCACUUGGCACGAGUGUGUCAUUUGACAGCAAAACAAGCAAUUUCACCAAAUGCAAUGCUAGCAUCAGCUUCUCAAAUGCUGACCUGAUUGCGUCAUUGGCCAUGAACAACAAGGGUGACUCACUGAUUGCAUCCUAUUACCACAUAGUGAACCUUGUGACCAAAACUGCCAUCGGUGCUGAGGUUACCCACGGCUUUUCUUCCAAUGUAAACACCAUAACUGUCGGUACCCAGCAUGCGCUGGACCCAUUGACCAUGCUGAAGGCACGGAUCAACAACUCUGGUAAGGCAAGCGCUCUUAUCCAGCGCGAGUGGCACCCAAGGUCAUUUUUUACCGUCUCUGGGGAGGUCGACACCAAAUCCAUUGAUAAGAGUGCCAAGGUUGGUCUCACCCCGGCUCUUAAGCCAUGAUGAGAGUAUUUUCCUCACUUGUGGCUCGGCGCAUUGAUGGAAAAAAGAAUUUAGGAAAGUUGUGUAGUUUGAUCGGACCGAUGGUUUUAUUUGUUUUUUUUUUGGGGUGGUUGUAAUCUCUGUCUGAGAGUUAUGCUGGUUUCCUAAGUUUCCCUCCACUUUUGGGUGGUUUGUGGAGGUGUAAAAAUAAAUGUCCUCGUCAUGAACCUUGGGGGCUACUUUUAGAAUCUUCACUUGUUCAAUCGAUUGAAUGGAAGAACGAAGAACUGUGAUUCUGAG